AUGCUAAUUUGCAUAUUGAUUUGUUUGCUUAGCUUUGCUCCGGAACUAGUCAAUGGAGCUGCACCAACUAGUGUUGUUUUAGAUUUGAAUGAUAAGUUUAUUGAUGUCAAAGAUGAUGGAAUGUGGCUUGUCAAGUUUUAUGCGCCUUGGUGUGCUCAUUGUAAAAGACUAGCACCAACAUGGGAACAUUUGGGACAUGCAUUACAGGAUAAGAACCUGCCAAUCAGAGUGGCAAAGAUGGACUGCACCAGGUUCAAUGCAGCUUGUAAUAGUUUAGAUGUUAAGGGAUAUCCCACUAUAAUAUUCUUCCGUAAUGGACGCAAGAUUGAGUUCCAUGGAGAUAGAACGAAGGAAGCUCUUGUUAACUUCUGUAUCAAAAGUUAUUCUCCACUCAUUGAAAACGUUAAUGCAGUGAAGUUAGGAGAGCUACGUAGAGAUUAUUCUAAUGACCCUGUUUUCGUUCUCAUUGGAGAGAAAGAGGAUGGCUUCAGGCAGGAGUUCGAGAAAGUGGCCGAAAGCCUACUGUCAAAGACUCGCUUCUUCUCUGCUCGUGUUGAAUCCGUUCCCGCAGCUUUGAAAACAUCGAGAAUCGCGGUUUUCAAAGAUGAGCAUCACAUAGCUUAUACAGGAGAUGUUGAAGGCUUGAAGGAAUGGGUUUUCCAAGAGAGAUGGCCAAUGUUACCUAAAGCUUCUCCAUCCUCCAUUUCUGAUAUUGCCACGAACAAGAAGUUGCUUGUCCUAUGCAUUGUCACUGAGAUGGAUCGCUAUAAUAAGUCUUCUUCGAUAGGAAUUUUCUUUGAUAAAGUAAACAAAGCAGCAGCAGAAUUAAGAAAGAAUAAGGUGUUGGACGAGAUGUUCCAAUUCGCUUGGGUUGAUGGGCCGGAGAUGACUUCGAGCAUUGUUAUGGGCGCCAUGACAACUCCCGGCAUGCUCGUCUUCAAUUACUCCGCCUAUGAAUACUUCUUGUCAUUGGAUGAAGCCGAGCACAUGACGCCUCAAUCUAUAGUGGAAUGGUUGGAAGGCUUAGCCGAUUCCAUCAACAAAGGACUUGCCGUACCUAUGGGAGGUCGUUCUUGGCCAAUAAGAGUAAGAAGGAUCGGCUAUGAAAUUUAUUCAAAUGUAAUACAAAUGUUUGCUACACAACCACUAUUAUCAGCAUGCUUGUUCGGUGUCCCAAUAGCUUUCUUCAGUAUAAUAUGCUACAGUAUCUGUUCGGCGGACUUUACGGUAGAUAGAGAAGAGUUUUAUCCCGAUGAUGAAGAAGAGUAUGAAGAGGACCCCGACCAUGAGAAACACGAAUGA